AUAAAUAGGCCUCUAGCUCGUAACAUACUAUGGAGAAGAACUAUUUAAAGGUUGAAAAAAAUUCAUUCACCAAAGCAUCUGGCCGGGUAAAAAUUUAGAGAUUAAUGACAUUUGAUAAAGAACAAAAUACAGAUCGAACUAAAGUUCGAGUGUUUAUUGUACGCCACGGGCAGACGUCGUGGAACAAUCUCAAAAUCUUACAAGGACACAAAGAUGUACCGCUUAAUGAUCGAGGACUGGAACAAGCUAGAUCUGUCAGCCGAAGAAUGAAGGAUCUAGAUAUAGACGAGUUUGUUAGCUCUGAUUUGAGCCGCUGUGUUCAAACUAUGAAUGAAAUCGUAUCGGCACAUCGCGAGAAGCCUAACUUCAAGCUGAGGUAUACACCCAAUCUGAGGGAGCGAUCCAUGGGUCCUGUAGAGGGAAUGCCCCUAUCGGAAGCUAAAGAGAAAUAUGGUGCCCAAUUCAAAGAAAUGGGAGAAACGAAAGUAGAGCUUUUGACACGGCUGCAAAAUGAGUGGAGUCGGAUUAUAGACGAGGCCGCUGCGAACGGAUACACUAACGUACUAAUUUGCACCCAUGGAGGCGUAAUCACCAACUUCACCAAUCAUCUUUAUAAAUCAUAUGCUUUCAAAUUGGCUUCUGGACUACAGGAAGAAGAUCUGAAUGUUCCAAGCAACACCAGCGUGACAAUAAUAGAUGUCGACAAAGCCACUGGAAAAGGAACUAUUGUGAAAUUUGGGUCGGCUGAACAUUUGCAUGGCCAUGUCGAGACUGUUGAUCAAGACUUGAGAUAAAAGCUCUAAAGUAACUUAAUAGAUAACUGCUACUUUUGGAGAUUAUGGCUGUACAUUACCCUAGUAUGAUCAAAAGCGGGGAGGCGAUGCAGACAACAACAAGAAAUCUAAGCACUAGGUCAAGCGUUACAUCCUUGCACC